UUGAGGAACAUCUUGCCCUUACUAUUUUACUCUUUACUGUUACAUUGCCUCCUCUCUUUUCUUUCUUUUUUAUCAUUGCAUUCACUUCUAUAUCUUUCUUAAGUCUUUGGCUCCAAUGGAUGUUGUUGCAAUGGGGUGUAGACAUCAUACCAAUGUUGUAAAAGGGAAGCGAACGAAGCGGUCGAGGCCUCAAUCACCCAUCCCUUUUGCCAUUCUAUGCAACAAUGGAGGUGAAGUUGAUGGGAUUGGGAAUAGUUGUUCUUCCUCUUCUUUCGGAUAUCAAGAUAGCACCACCGAGGAAGAAGAAGAUAUGGCCAACUGUUUGAUCCUCCUGGCGCAAGGCAAAUCCAGAGAAUCCCCGAAAGACAUGCUGGUUUACAAGAAAUUCACUAGUAGAAAGUUCUUGGAAACGGCUUCUAAUGGGACAGGCAAGGCCGGGUACUAUGUUUACGAGUGCAAAACAUGUAAUAGAACAUUCUCUUCAUUCCAAGCCCUUGGCGGUCAUAGGGCUAGCCAUAAGAAACCCAAGGCUACACUGUCUGAGGCUGCCAUGGUUGAAGCAGCAUAUGAAGAACAAGGUCCUAAUAACAAUAAUAAUAACAGUAAGGUUAAGGUUAAGGUUCAUGAAUGCUCCAUUUGUGGGGCUGAGUUUACCUCUGGACAAGCCUUGGGAGGGCAUAUGAGAAGGCAUAGAGGGUCAAUAGGUAAUCAUGUUAAUGUUCUUACAACCAACACAACAUUGUCUUUGACAGUUCCAAUGGCAUUGGAAUCUGAGAAACCUAAGAAACCACCAAAUGUUUUGUCUUUAAGCUUGGAUCUCAAUCUUCCUGCCCCGGAAGACGAUCACCGGGAAUCCGAAUUCACCUUUGCUUCCAGCCAGCAGCAACAACAACAAUCUCCUCUUGUCUUCUCAGCCUCCACUUUGGUGGAUUGCCAUUACUAAACAAGGUUAAACCUUUUUU